CUUAUUUUCAUGGAGUAAAUAUGAUCAUAAAUAUUUUAUAGUUAAGCAGGAUAUAAUCAUUCUCAAAUACAAUCAUUACUUUAUUAAUCAUCAAAUUUAAUUAGACCACCUAGAUUAGGUUAAUAUAACCUUUAAGGAUCCAUUGGUCAAUCUGAAUAAUUUUAAUACAAGUAUAAUUAAUACUCUAUAAUACUAUAGUCCUUUAUAAUAAUAAAGUCUAAUCUAAUAAUAUUCAUCUCCCACAAUUGGAAUACCGUAUAAAAUUUAUAUUUAUUGGAAGUCCUGUUUCUGCUAGACAAAUCUCUACCACACCUGUUGUUUCCCAAAAUAUUACACAAUAAUAAUAGCUUUUAAUCACUCCAUCUGUUAGAAUUUCUGCUCCUUCACAACCAAAUAAUGCUGAAGUACAUCAUUAAGAACGACCUUUAUAAGUUGUUACUUUGGAUGAUAUGGAUUCUAGAUGGAAAACUAAAUGCAGUAUUCUUUUGUUAUUAUUAUAAGUGUAAUUGGAGGUUUAUCUCUUUGAUCUUCAAUAAGAAAAUCUAAGAUUAAAAGGAAAUGCUCCUUAAAUUUCUUAUGUUUAAGAUGAUUUAAAAGUAAUUUUUAAUUUACAUUCUAGAUUAAUGAACUUAUAAAUGCUAACAAAGAAUUAAAAGAUUAAGAGUUUUCUCUAAGAUCAAAUAAUAAAUAACUAUAAGAUGAAUUAGAUUAAUGGAAAUUAAGAUACAAGUAACUACAAGAAUCUAAUUCUAAAAAUUAAGGAACAGAUGAUGAAAUAAGAUUACUUAAAAAGAAAAUUAGUAAUUAUAUCAUUUAUCAAUUUCAAAGGCAGUUUAACAGAUGAUCUUAAAAGUUCAUAAGAAUAAAAUGAAUUUAAAGAUUAAGAAAUACGUAAACUCAAACUUCUCAUGAAUGAUAAGGAUAAUGAACUUGAAUCACUUGAUUAAAGAAUAAGAGAAUUAGAAUUUUAAUUAGAAAGUUUUUCUUAAUCCGAAUAAUAAAUUAUUUCACUUUAAGGAGAAGUAGAAUUAUGGAAGAAGAAAUUUAAAUAAUAAAAUGAAAUUAACUCUGAUAUUUCAGAAAAACUUACUAUGGCAGAAACAUAAUUAGAAGCUUUAAAAAAGAGUAAAGUUACAGUAACUAAGGAGAGUGAAAUUAAAAGAACUGGACCAUCUGGUUCUGGAGUUACUACUUAAUUCGAAACUAGUACAAUUAAAGGAGCUACAAUAGCUCCUGGAGGAUACAGUACUUAUGGAAACAACAAUAGUGGUAGAAAUUCAGUUGUUAGAAAUUCAGGAUAUAAUGAUAGAAAAUAAUUAUGA